AUGAUGGAUAUGACAUUGUCGACGAUGGAUUUCACUCCGCUACCAUCCGAGCUGGAGGAGCUCAUCCUCUGCAGCUGCUGCCACCUGCCGUUCAACGAAACGGACGCACUGCCGAAACUCUUCUCCUGUCGGCACUACUUCUGUCUCAAGUGCGUCAACCAGGUGCUGCUGAAGGGUAACGAGCUGUACUGUGUGCACUGCUGGAAGCGCACGGAGCUGACCGGGCCGGACAUGAAGCCGGAUGCGCUGCCAACACACAACGCCAUCCUGUAUCUGUCGCAGAACCUAAGCAUGAUCUCGAGCGGUAGCAUAGCGACCACGAACAAAAAGCCACCGGACAAGCCGACGAAUGGGGGCGAUAGCUGCGGUACGGUGGUCCCCACCACGGGCACAACCAACGGCGGUUCGGUACCGACCACGAGCGGUGGUGCGACGGCCGGCAAUGGAGCGGCCGGGUCGGGAAUCAGUGUGGCCGUGGGUGGUGGUGGCGGUGGCAGUGGUGGUAGCAACACGAGCAGUAGCAGUGUGGGAAGCGGUAUUAGUGUGGUCGUAACAACGGGUAGCAGUGUCGGUUCCUCGGUGGGAUCGAACGGAUCCACCGGGCUGCCCUCGAACGGGGCGGGCGUGAUCGGUAGUGCGGUGGUAGGUGGUGGUGGUGGUGGUGGUGGUGUUGGUAUCGGGCUCGGUGUUGGUGCGGUUGGUGGGGGGACCGGUGGCAGUGCCGUCGGUACUAGUGGGCCGGGGGGUGUGGUCAGUGCCAUCGGGUCGGGCAAGUAUCGCAGCAAGGGUGAGAACUGUCUCACACACGCCAUGCCCAAUGCGCUCUGGUGUUUGAAGUGUAGUACCGCCGUCUGUCGGGCGUGUGCCAGCGGUGACGAGCAUCGGCAGCAUCCGGUCAAGACGCAGGCGGAGGCACGCGACCACAUACGCACGGACAUUGCGUCCGAUCUGCUGCUGAUGCAGAAGUCACUCGCCGAGCUGCAGCACUUCGUCUUCAAGCAGCGCGACUUUCUGCUCAAGAUACUGGAGGCGUGCACCGCGCUCAAGACGCAGGUCGAGACGGAGCUGAUCAACCAUCUGCCCACGUUCGAGGUGGCGGAAAUCCGCAGCAACCUGACCAAGGCGAAGCUGUUCCUGGGCAUGCUCGAUCAGCAGUCCCCGGCCGAGGCGUACAAGCUGUACGCCAAUCUGCACAUCGAGAAGCAGCGUCUGCAGUCGAAAUACCAGGAGAUGUUUCUGCAGUGCAAGCUGGACGAUUUGAUCCAGCAUUACGGCGUACUGUUCGACUUCGAUCUGAUCAAGCAGGCGCUCUCCAACCUCAACACCAUCGAUCCCAUCUCGUUCGGCAAUGGGACGGUGGCCGGGUCGGCCGCGAUCAAUGGCCAUCAUAACUCCAUCCUGCUGCUUGCCAACUACUGCAUCUCCCAGCUGUACUCGCGGCACAUUCUCACCACCAAGCAUCAUCCCUCGCAGUCGCAACAGCAACAGCAUCAGCAACCCCAACAACAACAGCAUCAUCAACAGCAGCAGCAGCAACAACAACCACUUCCUUCGCAGCUCGCUUCACUCGAAGGUGUUGGCCUCGGUGGGCAUCAUUACGUCCAUCAGCAGUCACCGAAUCACGUCACGAUGAACCAUCUGCAUCAUCACGUCGCCCAGCAGCUGCACCAUCAUCAGCAGCAGCAGCAGCAACAGCACCAGCAACAGCUGUCCGGUUCCGGUACGUACGCGAGCCAGCUGCACGAUAUGGCAUCGGCGAUACUGAUCGCGCCACCACCGGACCGGAUGGCACCGGGCAGCGGCCGGGCAACGGGGGACGGGUCGAGUUCGGCCCGCACGUCCGGUUCCGGUUCGGGCUAUCUGAGCGAGAUUCUAAACGGUGCCGGUAGCAGCACCACACUGCAUCAACAUGCAGCCGUCGCCCUGCAGCAGCAACAUUCCUCCCAGCUCGCUUCGCCCGGCGGGCUCAUAUCGUCCUCGUCCUGCUCGAGCGUCGUAUCGCUCGUACCGGCACCGUCCUCCUCGGCCGGCUCAUCCUCGGUGGUGGUCGGUGCGGGCAAGGGCCAAUCGUCGAGUUCGGCGGCGGCCGCCGCUGCAGCUGCCGCUGCCGUUGCCGCCACCCUCCUCUGCAAUCCGUCCGUGCACGUCUACCCGAUCUACUUCUUCAGCAUCGAGAUCAACGGGCAACCGUUCGGGCGCAUACUGAUCGAGGUGCGCAACGAUGUCGCGCCGAAGAUGGCGAAAAACUUUGGCGCCCUGUGCACCGGCGAGCUCGGGUUCGGCUACAAGGGCUGCAGCAUCUUCCAGUGCUGGGAAAACGAAAGCAUCAUUACCGGCGAUUUCGAGCUGAACAAUGGGCGCGGUGGCCGGUCCGUGUUUGAGGAGGGUUUCUUCAUGCCGGACGACACGAAGAUACUGGCGAUCCGCGGCUCGGUCGGCAUGCGACGCAGCCAGAAGCGCCAUGACAAUAUGGGGCUGGUGGGGUCCCAGUUCCGCAUCAUCCUGCGGGAAAUGCGUGGCUUCACCGGCAUCUUUGCGUUCGUGGUGGAGGGCCUCGAGCUGGUGGAAAAGAUUAGCCAGGCGGGCGAUUCCGCCGGCAAGCCACAGAGCACGGUGCUGAUCGCUAACUGUGGCAAGUGGCAGUAGGGUGAUGUAGUCACGUGUAGUCGUGUCCUUCUAGCUAGAGUUCACUGCACGCACUGAAUACGCGGGAUUAGCGGGGGCACCGUAACGGACCAAUAAAUUUCGCGGUUCUUAUACGCGGUGUAGUGGCCGGCUUCUAUACUAGACUGAGCAGGCGCACGCGCACGGCAGUAGGUUAGGGAAGGGCAGGGUAGCGAUUUUAAAAAGCAAACUUCGGAUACGGAUUCGACACGGAAUAGAUGUAGCAUUUCCUUAGGAUAUGGGUGGCCGAUUGCGAACUAUUAGUACGCCGCACGAUAGCACGAAACGAACCCAAUUGCAUUAUACAGCGGAAACGAUCGACAUAUGAUCGCGUGAUACGAGUAAGAAGGGUAGCGCAACCGGUACGGAGCACGAACACUUCGAAGAAAACCCCCCCUAAAUGAUUCAUCCAAUUUCCUAACAAUCCCCAAUAACAGAACUCCCCCUCUUAAUCUCUUGAAGGGUUCAUGAUGCGAUAACAACAAACAAGCAAAAAAACAAGUGAUUGGGAUUUCACUUCAUAACAUAACCACAAAUAGAACACGGACGAGAUCUUCCCUUGUUUUGGAUGGGUGAAGAAACCAUCGGCGAA